UAACAAACAUUAACAAACAAACAAUCAAAAAAUUGAUAAAGAUUUUAAGUGUUGAGUUUGUAAUAUAAUUUUAAAACAAUAAUCAAGUACACCUUCAACAUUGAAGAAGAGAGUGUUUGGAGUAAACAAAACACCAGAUUCACUGGUGCGUGGUGUAGCAAUAGGGUUAGGGUUUCUUUCGGAAUUUCACAUGGCUGGCACCGGCAUCCACCAUUACCACCAACAAUGGCCUCCGGCCGCCGCUCCUCCUCCACCUACCGCCGUUCCUUCUCCUUCCCCCGAAGAGGUUCGAACUAUAUUCAUAACGGGACUUCCAGAAGAUGUAAAAGAGAGAGAAAUUCAGAACCUACUUCGAUGGUUACCGGGUUUUGAAGCUUCUCAGUUGAAUUUCAAAGCUGAAAAGCCUAUGGGUUUUGCUCUUUUCACUUCUCCUCAUCAAGCGAUUGCUGCCAAAGACAUUCUUCAGGAGAUGCUGUUCGAUCAUGAAUCCAAGUCCGUUCUUCACACUGAGAUGGCCAAGAAAAAUCUGUUUGUUAAAAGAGGAAUAGGAGCUGAUGCAAGUGCUUUUGAUCAAAGUAAGCGGUUACGAACAGCAGGGGAUUAUACACAUACCGCUUAUGUAACCCCAUCUCCUUUUCAUCCUCCACCACCACCUGUUUGGGGACCACAUGGAUAUAUGGCACCACCACCUCCUCCUCCUUAUGAUCCAUAUGCAGGCUAUCCUGUUGCACCAGUACCAAUGCCUGCUUCAGUUUCUAUAGCAGCGCCUAGCAGUUAUGUUGCAGUUCAGAACACUAAAGAUAAUCCUCCUUGCAACACCCUGUUUAUUGGGAACUUGGGAGAGAACAUUAAUGAGGAAGAAGUGAGGGGCCUUUUCAGUGUACAACCUGGUUUUAAGCAAAUGAAGAUUUUAAGGCAGGAGAGGCAUACAGUCUGUUUCAUUGAGUUUGAAGAUGUGAAUAGUGCUACAAAUGUGCACCACAAUCUACAGGGUGCUGUUAUCCCAAGUUCUGGUUCAAUUGGCAUGCGGAUACAAUAUUCCAAAAAUCCAUUUGGGAAAAGAAAAGAUGGGAGUGUCCCUAUUGCUGUUCCUCCUGGUGCCAACGGAGCCCCAGUAGCAAUGGCUUAUCAGUAGCUUGAAGGGGAUGUACUCUGUUCUUUAUGCUCCAACCAAUAUUACUACAUAAUAGGAUGCAUCUUGCAGCUGUUACAUGCAUCCAUUGAUUAUCAAGUCAUCGCCAUUAUCAUCCCUGCUCAUGUUAAUGAAUGCAGUGGCAUCAUAUACAUUCAUUUGCCUAUGUUAUACUAAUCAGACAUGCAUUUCUUGGCAGCAUGUGUUGGUUCCCAAAAUUACUUCCAUAGGUGUUAGACGAUGUUAUCAUUUGUAGAAGCUGUGCAUGGGUCUUAAUUUUGUUUUAUUUGUGUGCCUUAUGGUCAUUACACUUUCUGUAUACAUUGGUAUUAGGAAUGCUUAUCCAAGCAGGCAUUGGCAUCUGCUUCCACCUUUA